AUGCUUCUCAGUUUUCGUCUCCUGCCCAUCGUGGCUAUGUCCGUCUCUGCAGUGGUGAUCCCCAGCCCACCCGGACAAUACGACGUGUUCUACAACACGGCGAAAAUGAUCGAAAAGACCAGAGUCGACCCGUUUGAUCCCAAGAACGGAUCGCGUGCAGUGAUGACUUCGGUCUUCGCCCCAACCCACUGCAAAGUCGAUCUCGAGAAGAUAAACUACCUGCCCCCCGCAACAGCCGAAUACUACUCCGACGUAUACAGCGCGCUGGGACUUCCCAACGGGACGAUCCAAUCCAUCUCGUUCCAAGCGUGCCCAGAGCCGCCGAAAGGCCGCCACCUCCAGUUUCCCGUUGUGAUCUUCUCGCCUGCUCUUGGCACGACCCGCCUGUUCUACAAUGCCAUUGCACAGGCCGUCGCCAGCGCCGGGUACAUCGUGGUGUCUAUUGACCAUCCCUAUGAUGCCGAGUUCCUCGAGUUUCCGGACGGAAGCGUCGUGACUGCCGCAAAUAUCACUGACGCGCAGGUCCCACUGGACGUCAACACUCGAGCGCGGGAUGUGUCGUUCGUGCUGGAUCAGCUGAGCACAAAGGCUGGAGUCGCAGCUCUACUCCCUGGAACAGGGGCUGCGGGUCUGAAGAUUCGGCAGGUCGCGAUGUACGGUCACUCAGUCGGGGGUGCGGCUGCUGCUGAAGCCAUGCGUUUGGACUGUCGUGUUGUUGCCGGAGCGAACCUGGACGGGUCAAUGUUUGGGCCGGUGGUUCAACAAGGUGUUCGGGGUCCAUUCCUCCUGUUUGGACAUGAAAAUAAAACCCAAACGACGGACCCAUCGUGGGCAGAGUUCUGGUCGAAUCUGCGGGGGUGGAAGUUGGAGCUGGAACUUGCCCAGGCGCAACAUUACGCAUUCUCUGACUUGUCCUAUCUGAUGAAACUGCUGGGUGUUCCUGUUCAAAAUGUGCCGGCCAUGCAAAAUAUGGUUGGAAAUUUGGAUGGUGCCAAGGCAUUCGAAAUUGUUCACCGAACUGUCAUUGCUUUUUUGGGAUUUGGGCUCCGUCAAGCAUCGUCGACUCCGCUUGAGGAGGUCAUUUCGCAGUAUCCGGAGGUAUCGGUCUUUUCCCGAGGUAAAUGA